UAUAGACUCUAAACUAAGUAUACCUUACUAUAAACCUUUAUCUGGUGUCUGUUUUUCGAUUUAGAUCAAUCGAACUCUCCACAUUUGUCAUUUUUGAACUGUUUAGGCUUGUUGGUAUUAGAAAAGAUCCUUUCUUUGAAAAAUUUCAACAACUCUAUAGUGACAUUUUCUACCUUUCCACUUGAGUUUCCUUUGAAUUCCAAUCUCAAAGAAAUAUUGGUGGGGGAGGGGGGCUUUUUGCAAGAAAGGCAGUUUUGAACAGUUUUUCCAGAAGAUGAUUGUGUUGUCCCAGGGGUGCAUUUUGUGGAAAUUUUUCGCAAUUCUUGAGACAAAAUUUAGUGUAGCCAAAAGCUUUUACUUUUGGAUAUUUCAAAUUUUCAAUAGGUACUGUUGGGGCACUUAGCUAAAUUUCACAUUGCUUCUAACUUCUGUUGAAGUUUCUGCCUGGUCUAUUCUAUCUAGUUUUAGAAGAUUCUGUGUGUAGUUAGUACUUAGUACUUUGCUAAAUUUAUAUUAUGGGAGGAACAUCACUACCUCCAGGAUUUCGUUUCCAUCCAACUGAUGAGGAAUUGGUUGGAUAUUACCUGAAAAGGAAAACUGAUGAACUUGAGAUUGAGUUGGAGGUCAUUCCAGUAAUAGACUUGUAUAAAUUUGACCCAUGGGAGCUUCCAGAGAAAUCUUUCUUGCCAAAGCGUGACAUGGAGUGGUAUUUCUUCUGUCCUCGGGACAAGAAGUACCCGAAUGGCUCGAGAACCAAUCGAGCCACAAAAUGUGGAUACUGGAAAGCAACAGGGAAAGACAGGAAAGUGGUCUGUAAGCCUGCAGUUGUUGGAUACCGAAAGACGUUGGUUUUCUAUCGCGGAAGAGCUCCUUUAGGGGAUAGAACUGAUUGGGUGAUGCAUGAAUAUCGCCUAUGUGAUGAUGUCUCACAAGGCACUCCAAGUUUCCAGGGGCCUUAUGCUCUUUGUCGUGUUAUCAAGAGAAAGGACAUUUCAUCGAAAACAAGUGAUGGUCGUGCAGAAACAACCUCUAAACAGGUUGAAUGCAGUUCAACCAAUGAAGCUUUUACAUCAGCAGUAACCUCAAAUGAACCCCUUGUAUUUUCUGAUGACAUGCCAAGUACUCAAAAUACAUACGUGUGCAACGACAGCAACUAUUCAACUCCUAUCGGUUCACCUUAUCAGACAACACAAAUAGGAGAGUCCGAGUCUGCAAUGGGGACAAAUGCUGCAAACCUCUGGAUGUCUCAGAAUAUGAUUCUUGAUCCUUCAAAGGAAUGUCUUCAAGUACAAAGUAUAUCUGGAAAUUAUCCGGUGUAUGACUUCCCAAACUUGACUUCAUGGCAGCCAAAUGAUCAAUAUGACUUCACAUCAAGUUCAUCUUUCCCGAAUUUUAGAGGGGACGUUGAACUUUCUGGUGAUCUCAGUGGCUAUGGCUUUGCACCUCCCUUCUUAGAUGAGGGAACCUACAUGGAAUUCUAUCGCAAUGAGGAUAUUUCGUAUAAAGGUUAUAACCAGAGCAACUUAUUGGGAAAUCCAAAUCUCUUCUGAGGAACAUUGGGGCGAAAUAGGUGUAAAGUUUUCUCUCAUUUAUCCAAGGAGUUAAACUUGAAAUCAAGCUCCAAUAUGCAGACAGAGUAGUGAAAAUUGGAUAUCGGGAAAACAUAAUGGUGUAUGGUCACAGGAAGAUAUUUUAAGUAGUCUGAUAUAAGAAUAUACUAAGAAAAGCUCAAUGCAGCUCGGUGUGUUUAUAUUUUGUCAUUGAAGUUGUGUGAAGUAUGAGAUACCCAGUGAUGAUCAUUUUUAACGAUGCCACUGGGAUAUGGACAUAUGGUCAAGUUAGUAGCUGAACUUCUGUUAAAGUAAGCUUCUUAAAUCCCUUUCUGAUAUGUGUCACUGUUCUAUUUCUGAUCAUUUCCAUGUAUGAAAAUGUUAUCAAGAACCAAUAACUGAGCUGAAAUAUAUGUAGACUAUAUGAAUUAAUGUUUUUUGAUGCUUCAAACAUCCAGAUAUCAAUCAAAAUGGAGCGAAAAUGCCGUAGACCUUAUGAAUUUAAAGUCUUCCCACUCUACAUAUUCCAAAUUUUCAGAAUUUUCUUGUACCAGAAAUGCCAAAGCAGCUUUGCAAAGUUGAAAUGCAUGGUUAAAUACUUGUAUUAACUUGUUCCAGGGCUUCUGUUUAUCAGCAGAGCUUCCUAGCUAGUGACUUCCUCUAAUCAGCAACUAUUGGUUGCAUUGUACAAAGUUUUUGAACUGUUUCAACACAUGCAACCAAGAUUUAAAGAAAAAACAUUGUUUAAAGUUCUAAUAGAGUGAAGUGCCCCGUUGAUAACUGAAUAACUAAUUAGUCAAAUGCAGCCUGAGAUUCAUAUGCACAACUUGCUAUUCUAGUUUGAUUGUGGUCUUGAUAGCUUCCCAAUAACUAUUUAUGUAUAAACCAAGCUUCACUUGUACUCGUAGGUAUAUGGAUGAGAUGCAAAUUUAGAGUUAAGUAUUUCCGGUCACUAAUUUGAACGUUUGUUUGACAUCAACAGAUGUGAUUCUGAUAGUUCCAAGCAUUCAUGAUCAAAAGAAUCUAUAACAAAUGACCAGAAAGAAUCUUGCUUUUACCAUCCUAAUAGGGAACACUAAAGUAAAUCACAAGCAAAGGAUGAAAAAAAGAAAGUUAAAGGAUUGAGCUUUCUAGCAUCAUUUUCAUAGCCAUUAACAUUUUUAAGUUCAAUUACAUGAUUAAGGGCUUUAAUUGCCUUUCUCAAUCUCUUACAAAAAUGAUUCAGAAUGCUAUAUCUGACAUCAUUUGAUCAUCAUUGGCACUUUAAUUGCCAUUUAGAUGACAUUAGGCAAAGCACAUAUCCAAAACAAUCUUGUGGGCUCAAAACCUAGUAAGAUGGCAAAUGUAAAUGAAAAGGUAACAAGCAGUCGCCCCUAUUCUUGGAAAUUGAAGGCCUAUUUCCACACCAGAUGUGUCUAUAACACCUUCAGGGUGUUAUGAAACUUGAAAGAAGAAUCACCAUUUCUUUGCUCUCCCUAGCUUUCUAACUUCAAACAAAUCCAUUUGAUGCAACAUUUCUUUGACUAAAAGAGUGAAUGGUAAAAGAUUUCAGUCAUAUUCACCGUGUGCUCGUGACAGUUUCAAAAAGAUUACGGUUACUAACAGUACUUCACAAAUUAUCAAGAAAAAAGAGUUAUUAUUUCUUGCCUUGGACAUAUCUGAUGCUGGACGGUAUCAAGGUAAUCUAAAAUGAAGUUGCUAAACCAAUAAAGGAAAAUACAAAAGCAAGUUCCACAAAAGUGAGAAUCAAACAUUUGCUGCUUUAAGUUUCCUUGAACUCAAUUACAAAAGAUGUCCUCCCAACCAUUCUUGCUUCAGUAAUAAAAUGAAUCAAAGAAACAACACUAACAAAGCUUUGGAAUAGUGUAACCAAAAGCUCAGAAGCCAUUAACUCAAAAAGGGAAAGAAAGAUAAGCACACCAGCUGAUCAAACAUUGCUCUUUCCUACUCACUAUUAGUUCAGCAAUAAGACCAUAGGUUAGCUAGCUAGAGAGGAAUCAAAGAAGUGUGUGGCCCCUUUAUCACUUAGCAAAUAAUCCUACAAUAAAACCAGAUAUCCUUUAUGGACUUAUGUAUGCUUUUCCUUUUAUGUACUCCUCUUGGCCUGUACUUUAAACUUAUGCUCCACUUUGGCUUAUUGAAAAAUGAUGGCAUGAGCUGGCAAUAUCAUUAGUUACAGGAAAUGGAAAAUCUGUUGCAGCCCAUUUCUAUACACAAUAUGUGAAAUUUAUACUGAUACAUUUUAAAACCUAGUAUAACAAUACACAUUUUCUUUAGUUACCUCAAGA